AUGGCUGCUGGAGGUGGUUCUGAUGACGAGCAUGCCAAGUACAUCCUGGAGCAAACUGUUGUCGACCUGAAAGCCGGCCAAGACAAUCCAAGUAUCAUGCGUUACUCGAUUUGGCCUGAGCCAGAUCGGAAAUUCGUUCUCAUCGACGUCACCCUAGUAGUAGGCGGUACCGAGAAGCCCCUGACGAGCACCCCGAGUGGGUUCCGGGAGACAGUUUGUGGUGCGAAGGCGGAUAACGGUAUCCUGGAGCUCACGGUCGUGGCCACGAUCAAGACACUCUGGGCAGUCGUCGAGGAACAAACGAAAGCGUUGGCGCCAUGCCGGCCGCUCCAGACUCCAGACACACAAGCCGCAGAAGCGUGGGCUCUGCUGGAACGGGACUACGCCACCAGAGUGCCGGGACGAUCCAGUAGACAAUCCCAAAUAGCGUUGGCGUUAUACGCCGUCCCCUGGCUCAUUGAGGCUGUGAGACCAAAGCAGAAGAGGAGUCGGCGCUUGCUGGAAAACCUGAGUCCAGUGGCUGUCAUGCCCAAAGAGGAGAGGAAGUCGCACCUGAGAGGAUUCGAAGCACGAUACGCUCUGCGCCAGGUGCAGGAAGGGCUAUUGAGUGUAGAGAGAGAGUAG